UCAACGCAGGAACCACAAUAGCAGACGAAAUAAAGGUUUUACAUCCCGUCCAGUCGAAAAGGUAAUCCAGUCCAGUCGAAUAGGGUUUAGAAAUCGUUUGAACCAAACGCCAUGAUAGAUGUAAUCUACUUUUUUGUGUUUGUGGUGCUUUGCUUUUUCACCAUAUUCCCAACGACGGAGAUCGAAUCUGUUGGGUUGACCGUCGAUCAGUGGUGCUCCCGGUAUGUUACCGAUGGAUUUGUACAGUACCAUAUCAAGCUUACCAGCUUCAAACUCUUGCUACACACGUCGAUGCCGCUGUGCUAUUUCCUCGUACUUUGGCUCCUGGCUUGGAUAAACCCGGCCGAAUUUGGAACGGCCGUCCAAUUCACCGUCAGCGGGCAGUAUUUGUGGAAUAUUAGCAUCUCGCUCGCGAUAGCACUAUUUAUCGUAACUAACGUAAACGUCCUAUACUGGGCGAUGGAUGCGUGGAGCAAUCAUCCGAUCGCUAAAAAGUUACAACGUUUUACCACCCCAAUGAUGCCGGACUGGCGAUCAGUAGCGACCAACAUCAAUGACGAAUACCGCAGGGAUACGAAAAUGGUGAUACGAUCAAAUGCUAUUUCGACGCUAGUCGUUACGGAAAGUUGGAUUAUUAAGACUAAUCUCUAUGGGAUAAGCGUAGCACGUCAAAACGAAUCGUCACUGGUGGCGUAUAAGGUCGACUUCCAGGAUGUGCUAACGGACACGGUUGAUGCGACACAGUUUAUCAACAUUGCCGUGAAACCCCCGCAAGAGCGAUUACAAUUCACCAUACGGGUGAAUGGAGACCACUUUAAGGAUUUCCAGGAUCAUGUAAAUCGUCCGAUCGUGUUGUUGCCUUCGGUUCAAUUCCGCAGUGUUAUCGAUCGAUUCGUUGAUGUGUUCAAGGAACAGGUGGCUCUCAACCCGAUCGUCCCGAGUACAGCCAUCGCUUCCAUCGAGGGCGAUAACUGUUUGGCUUGCCUGCAGGUAAUACCAGACGUUAAAAUUCAAAAACACUGCCUAGAUGUUGGCGCAGAUGGUUUACUGUUGCCAGAUGAUCAACGCUGCCAGCCGUGCCACUGUCGUCCACUCUGGUGCGUCAGCUGUCUAGCACUAUGGUUUGCGUCGAGGCAGCAGAAAUCGGAACGCGACACGUGGUUGAGCAAGAAAGCCACCUGCCCGAUGUGUCGGGCCCGGUUUUGUGUGCUGGAUGUGUGCAUGAUAGAGGAGAAUGUUGGGCGAAUUCAAGAAUAA